CCCCACGGUCGCACCGCCACCCGUGCGUCGUACUAAAAUGUGACUCGGGGUAGCAUAGCGGGGUAGCCGUGCGUGUAGAGAGAUAGCCGUGUGCGUCGGGAGUAUAUUAUUCGUUAGUUUUAGGCAAGUAAAUAAAAUAGUGAAUAAGGUUGCCGGGGGCGUGCAACGGGGUCUCCGCGAGAUAAAUAAAGAGAGAAAGGGAGAUUGAGCGGGAGAGGGAGAGAAGAACACACCAUAGCCGCACGAAGGGAGGAAAGUCGACCAACGACGGACGGAUAUUGCGGGGGCGGCUGGGUGAGAUCAGACGCGCUCGAUCGCCGACAGUGAUCGCGUGGGUACGCGAAGGCGAACGCGAUCCCGCAGUUCCAGGGAUCGCCGUUGCGAACGAAUACAUAUCAUUUUAUCCUAGUUGCAGAGAGAAGUAGAGAGGGAGAGAGAAAGAGAGAAAGGGAGAGGGAGAGAGAGAGAGAGAGAGAGAGGGAGAAAGAGAGAGAGAGAAAGAGAGAGAGAAAGAGUGGGAGCGAGAGGGCGGAGGAUAGAUUCGAAGGGUAAUCGAGAGAGAGAGAAAGAGAGAGUAAGAGCAUUAAGAAGAAGAGCGAGUGUGUUUAACGAAAGUUCAUGGAAGGAGGAGAAGACGGAGGGAGAGCAACGUGAAUCUGGUUGAGAGGGAGAGAAAGAGAGAGAUGCAUAUAUACAAAGAUAUAUAUAUAUAUAUAAAUAUAGAUAGAGAGAUGUAUAUAUGUAUACACAUGCGCAACGCGGAACGUGUGAGUGUACAGUUGGCUUGAGGAUCAUCAUCGUCAUCGUUGCCGUUGUCGUCGUCUCGUUAUUGUCGCCGUCGUCGCCGUGAACGCACCUUCUUUUGGCCCCGGCAGAAAGAACAGUGAGGAUUGUUUGAGGGAAACCCGGAAGUGACUCCGACGGGUAUCUCCGACGAAAGGAGGAAUCCCUCGUGAAUGAUCGCUCGCAGCUACGUGUCGCCCGUCGUGCAUAUCUUUUCUCGUGAACUGUGAUUCCUUGUGCCGUUCGGAGAGGUGGGACAGUGAUCUGCGACGACGGGAUAGAUACAGGCAGGAAAAAUGAAGCUCGACCUGGACCGGGAGAAGGGCCUCGAGCUCUUCGGCAAGCUGAUACGUACAAAGAACGUCGAAAGUCUUCAGGGUGACCAGCCCAAAACCGGUCCCGAGCCACUUCAUCCAGCCAACUCCAAGCAAAAAUUACAGAAGUGCCUGACGACUCUGGACCUGACGUCUUUAGGGGUUGGCUCCUGCGUCGGGACAGGGAUGUACCUUGUCGCAGGAAUGGUGGCGCGCAGCGUUGCCGGGCCUGGUGUCGUCGUCUCAUUCAUAAUUGCAGCUAUAGCUUCCAUUUUCUCCGGGGCGUGUUACGCCGAGUUUGGAGUACGAGUGCCUCAUACGACGGGCAGUGCUUAUAUGUACAGUUACGUGACAGUAGGCGAAUUAAUAGCAUUCAUUAUUGGAUGGAACAUGGUGCUGGAGUACCUUAUAGGUACGAGUGCGUGUGCGUGCGCCCUUAGCGCCUGCCUGGACGCGUUGGCGAACGGUGCCGUUUCCGGGGCGAUAGCCAACAGCGUUGGAACCAUGUUCGGACGGCCGCCAGAUUUUGUCGCGUUCGUCAUCACGAUACUUAUGAUGCUGCUGAUGGCGGCGGGCGUGAAGAAGUCCUUAGUAUUUAACAACGUGUUGAAUGCCAUCAAUCUCGCCGUUUGGGUCUUCGUCAUGGCGGCGGGCAUGUUUUACGUGGAUUCCGACAACUGGUCCGAGCACAAAGGUUUCCUCCCUUACGGCUGGAGCGGGGUUUUCACUGGCGCGGCAACAUGUUUCUACGCCUUCAUAGGCUUUGACAUAAUAGCCACUACUGGCGAGGAGGCGACGAACCCGAAGAGGAGUAUCCCUCUCGCUAUAGUCUCGUCGUUGAUCAUAAUUCUCGUCGCUUACGUCACCAGCAGCAUGGUGUUGACACUGAUUGUUCCGUACGACCAAGUCGAUCAGGACUCGGCAUUGGUGGAGAUGUUCGGUCAAGUCGGGGCCUACAAGUGCAAAUACAUCGUCGCGGUCGGCGCGCUAGCGGGCCUGACGGUCUCCAUGUUCGGCAGCAUGUUUCCGAUGCCUAGGAUAGUUUAUGCGAUGGCACAGGACGGCCUUAUAUUUCGGAGCCUCAGCCAAGUUUGGCCGGCGACAGGUACGCCUGCACUCGCGACUCUCACAUCCGGCAUGUGUGCUGCCUUCGCUGCACUGCUGAUCCAGCUGGAGGUGUUGGUGGAAAUGAUGUCGAUCGGUACCUUGUUGGCGUACACCCUGGUGUCCACCUGCGUGCUGAUACUGCGGUAUCAGCCGCACUCGACGAAUUUAGUCGAGCUGCUGCCGCAAAGCCUCAGGACACCAUGUCGAUCGCCCACUAAGGAGACGCAAGGGAACGGUCAAGUAGCUUACGGCAAGGAGCUCAGGCCCGAUCAGCUUACGACCGCGUUGAACUCGGUCCAGACGGCCCAGUCGGAGCUUACGGCCACCAACAACGGACAGCGCAUCACGGUACGCCGGGUGAGGAGGUGCAACAGCUCCUCGCCGGACUCGGACGACACGUAUGGCGGCGAGGAAGACGAGGUGGGAUUGGGUAAGGACGAUCAGUAUCUCGUCAGUGACAGAACGGAGAAUAAGUUCUACGGCAGCGUGCAUGCGGCCGCGGCCGCCUCGAGUUGUGGUAGCGCUCAUCAGUAUCCCGGAAACACACCGAUUAUCGGGCCGCCGUUGAAUUAUCUACAGCGUCGGCUGCAGGCGGCGCAAUAUCUUUGUCCGGCUAUAUUCCCGUGGGUGGAUAGAGGUCCCGCGACAGAAGCAUCAGGACGUUACGUGAUGAAACUUGUUGGGAUCUUAUACUUAUUGAUCCUUAUCUUCGACCUGAUUAUCGUCUGUGGAAUGGGGAAUAUGGGAACAUUCACAACGAUACUACUGUUCGUUUUUCUUUUCGCCAUAAUCGGCGUACUUCUCGCCAUUAGUAGAAAGCCGCAAAAUAGAAAUAACAUGAUGUUCAUGACUCCAGGCUUGCCGUUCGUCCCCGCGAUUGCCGUUACCGUCAAUAUCUAUCUCAUCUUCAAGCUCAGCAUUCUGACCCUAGUCCGGUUCACUGUCUGGAUGGUUCUCGGUUUCAUCAUGUACUUCUAUUAUGGCAUCAAGCACAGCAGCUUGGAGGAAGCGAACGUGUCAGAGAACGUUGACGACGGCGUCGUCGGCGGCACGGCAGGCAACAUCGAGCUGACCGUGACUGACCACCAGCAGGUCCAACAGAAGCUCUACGUGACGCCCGACCGCAGCAUCUACGAGGGCCAACAGUUGGACGCGUUCGGCCAGCCGGUCUUUGGCAGCACGAACUUCGGCGGCACGCCGAACCAGCACGCCGCUCAUCAGCAGCAACAGCAGAAGCAGCAUCAGAGGCAGCAGGCGGCGGGCCAAACGACGACGGGCCUGUUCGUUGAACAGGAGAACUUCCCCACCUGGGAUGAUUGAGAGCGGCGUGGCGCAGCACCGAGCAGAUAUUAACGUAUACACGAAUAGAGAGAUACUACAACGCCUGACACGUUCGUGCGCGCGACUGGCAUCGGACGAUUACCGAUGAAACCAGACCCUUCGGAGAUCGUACGCUUUAGGGAAGAGGGGCAGGGGGAGGGGAGGGCAGGGGGCCAGGUCGAGGACGGGCUGCGUGGUCGUGGAGCCGUGGUCGACGAACAUGGACGAACGGACAAUCAAGGGUGGAGCACGCUCGAUCUGGAUAAUGUGAGGACGCUCGAGAUCAGUCGGAGGGCCACUCUUAGAAACAGUCGCUUCACCGUUGACCGGAUGUUAAAUGGAUUAUCCGGCGGAUCUCGUCAAACGGAACUUGUCGGAAGUUGUCGGGAAAGAGGAGGAGGAGCGAGUUUGUGUCGAGAUCGAAAUCAAACAUCGCUCCGCGAAACUGGCCGCCGAUCCGUCGGACGUUCUCUCCCCUUUUUUAGACGUCCUUUCGGCGCAUCUCGCACUUUGGUCUUGCUUGAAAAAGGUACGCAAAAACUUGUGCUAGUAUCUCCGUAAUUUCAUUAACGAGUCGAGGGAGCUCGGCAAGUAAGUUUAUUGUCCAUUUACAUUUCUCGUCUACUCAUUAAUCCCGACUGAGUUUUGCGCUAGUUUCGCGAGUCUGCGCAAAUACUCGGAACGAAGUUUGGCCGCUUCACGAAGACGCUGCCGCUACUCCUGCUGCCCGCCCUCGAUCUUGCGUCUCUCGCAAAGCGCGCACGUCGAAAGAUCAUUAAAAAAAUUUGAUCAAUGUGACUUUACAGGGAAGGGGGGGGGGAGGGAGGGAGAAGUGGUUGAUCGUUAUCCGCGAUUCUCCGAGGGUCGAACUUGUUGACUACUAUUUGGGACAAAUGUAGCAAAUAAUUUUGCGGCAAUAUUUAUUAUCCUAGUUAUAUAGUACCGUCGUUGACGAAGUCGCAGAAUGAGUUGCGGCGAUGGAGGUAGGUGGAAAGCGAAAGAGGCUGAAGGGAGGACGAUGGACGCGCGGGGAAAGGGGAAAGUCGAUGGGAGAAGAUGAAGAGACCAUUAACAUUAAUAGUAUAAGGCGAAACUUGUGUUUUCCAAGAGAGCGUUCUAACUGCUAAUAUAAGUUCAAAUUUAUCGCUAGUUCGUGAAUGAUGAACGAAUGUAAGACGUGAAUGACAGUGUUGUCGGAGCAAAAGAGUGACUGAAGAACAUAUGUGAGAGAAAAAGAGAGCGCGAGAGAGAGAGAGAGAGAGAGAGAGAGAGAGAGGGAGAAAGAGAAAGAGAGCGCAAGUAAUAGAAAAGACACAAAAAAAAGAAAAGAACGAGACAAAGUAGGGAGUGGAAUAAGGUGUGCCUGAAAAAGCAGUGAAAAUGCAGAGAGAGAGAGAGAGAGGGGGAGGGGAGAAAGAGAAAGAGGAAGAGAGAAUGUUUGAGCGAAUAGAAAAGAACAUUUUAAAAACAAAACACUUGAAAAACAAAAAAAA